AUGCAGGAUCAAAUAAACGACUUGGUUGCAAAAUGGAUGGAAAUCGAUGUUAAUCCGGAAACAAGAAACGAAAUACAAGCUUUAGUGGACCACAAUAAUUAUGAAAAGUUGUAUAAGAAACUUGGUAAACGGAUUCAAUUUGGUACAGCCGGCCUUAGGUCUUCUAUGGAAGCCGGGUUUGCCCAUAUGAAUGAUGUGACCGUGAUGCAAGCGUCGCAAGGGUUAGUUAAUUACCUAAGUGCCAAUCAGUGCAAUCGUUCGAUAGUUGUGGGGUAUGAUCAUCGCCACCAUUCCCAAAGGUUUGCAGAGAUAACUGCAAGCGUGGCCCUAACAAAGGGGUUUACUGUCUACUACUUAGGGAACAUUAAUGUCUUAUCUGACGUAAAUGUGGAGAGCUAUGUUGAACGAGAAUAUGUGCACACUCCAAUGGUACCGUUCACUAUUAACCAAACCGGUGCAGGAGCUGGUGUUAUGGUGACUGCUUCCCAUAACCCUGCAAAUGAUAACGGCUAUAAGGUUUACUAUGGCAAUGGAUGUCAAAUCAUCCCACCUGUAGAUUCCGGUAUAGCCAAGUCAAUUGAUGAGAACUUGAUACCCUGGGACGACGGCGAGGUAUGGAAUGUUAAGCGUAACUUUGAAAAGGGUAUAGCAGAUGGUUUAUUGGUGUCUGUGAAGGUGGAGAUGACCGAGAAGUAUGUUGAUACCAUUGCUAAGAAGUUGAUCAACAAUAAGACCAUCUCAUAUCCAUUUGUGUACACUCCAAUGCAUGGAGUUGGGUUGGAGAUAGUUGAUCGAGUCUUAAAAGAUGUGUUUGAGACUUCGAACAGAAUUCCAGUUGAGGAGCAAAUGGCUCCUAGCCCCGAUUUCCCUACUGUGAGGUUCCCUAACCCGGAAGAAAAAGGAGCUUUAGAUUUGGCCAUUGCUAAAGCCGACGAACUUAACAUCAACGUUGUUGUUGCCAAUGAUCCUGAUGCCGAUAGAUUCAGUGUUGCCGUACGCAAUGAAAGCGGUCAGUUUCAACAGUUGACUGGUAACGAGAUUGGGUUUUUGUUUGCCGUGUACAUCAUUGAAACCAUUCCAGUUGGCGAUCUCUCCCAAGUGUUUCUACUUAAUUCCACUGUGUCUUCACAGAUCUUACGAAGCAUGGCUGAUAUUGAAGGGUUCAACUUUGAAGAUACCUUAACCGGUUUCAAAUGGAUAGGGAACAGAGCACUUCAUUAUAAGAAAGAAGGGUUCACCGUUCCCUUUGCAUACGAGGAAGCCAUAGGUUUCAUGUUCAAUACCGUUGACGAUAAAGAUGGUGUGGCUGCUCUUGCUAUAUGGCUACAGCUUUAUGAGAAAUGGUUUGCCACCACUGGAGCCAACCCUAUCACCAAAUUGCAUCAAGGUUAUGAAAAGUACGGAUGGUACAAGGAAUGUAACGGCUACUACAAGUUUGACGACUUAAGCAAAGCCACCAAAGUGUUUUCUGAUAUCAGAGCGUCGUAUGAACCUUUGAAAUACCCACAACUCAUAGGUUUCUUCAAGGUGACAAGUUGGAGAGACUUGACUGUUGGCUUUGAUUCAACUACCAAAGACACAAUACCUAUUUUGCCCAUAGAUCCAACUUCACAGAUGAUUACUGCUACUUUAACAGACGAGACCACGGGGAACAGUGUUCGUUUCACCUGUAGAGGUUCAGGAACUGAGCCUAAAUUGAAGGUGUACAUCGAAGGCAGUGGAACCAAUGAACAAGAAGCCACUGAGAUUGCUCGUCUGUGUUGGGACACGUUGCGAGAACAUUGGUUUAAGCCUGAAAUCUAUGGGCUCAUUGAAGUUGUAUAG